GGCAAUAUAUGCUUUUACUGUGAACACGUACGCCAGGUGCAACCUUAUUUCCUCCGCAACUCUCCAGAGCCUUCCUUCGUCAACGCCAUGACUGUCGAAUUACGGAUUGUGAUACUCGCCCAGAAUCCCCCUCUCUCUCGCCUCUCUCUCUCAAGACCAGGUUCUGCCUCUCACGCCGCCGAAGGUUGCUAAGAACCAGCUAGCCCAAGCUCACGGCUGUCUUCCUCAAGCUCUGUCCCGCACGGCCAACCCAACGCACGCUGACAGAGGCCCCUGCCUCACGCCAUCUCUGCACCGAUGAAGACCACCGCUGUCGCUCACGUCAGCUCAAGAUCAUGCAUGUCCUAUGCACGCCAACGAAACUAGCAGAAAUCAAGACCACGCCGACUGUGGCCGAGACACCGUUCGCAGUCCAGGCUUUCCGAGUCACUCACGUCGAACAGAAACCACUGACGACGAGCCAGCUCGCAGAGAACCUGUCGCCAGCCUCUCCCCAUCGCGUCAUCUCUCUCGGAAAGGCAUCAGUCAUGAUGGAUCUGAUCAUGUUGUUUUCUGAGUUAGUGGCUACCUUCAUAAUUCUGGUGACAAGGCCUUUCUCGCUUUUCAAACUAGCAUGCUUCUUCACUAUGAAAACUGUUUUCAUCGUAAUUCACACUUGGAUGGGGUUGGUAAGGGCCACAUUUGGCUUCCACGUGAAUCUAUUCUCCAGAAUCAUAAUGUUGACAGUUACUCUUAUAUCUCUGCCUGCACGAAUUUUGAAUGCCUUAAAGAGAGAGAGGCAGCUUGAAUUGUAUCUGCAUGAUAUCCAGAUCGAGUUGGAGAAUCUUGAGUGGGAUAGGAAGGAAUUGGGAGACAAUCUUCAAAUAGCCAUUAAAGAACGUAAAAUGUUGGAGUUGAUAUUAGCAGAGGUUGAAGAGGAACAUGACAAGGCCAUUGCCAAAAUUGAACAACUAGAGGGUGAGUCUCAGGAUCUGAAAAAUGAGAAUCUUCGGCUGAAAGAAAUUAAGGAUGAGGGUUAUUGGAGCAUUAAAGGUCCAGAUGACAUGGGCAAUGGCCAAAACACUGGCAUUUCUGAAAGCUCUGGCAUUCCUAUGGGAUCUCAUCAUGGAAAUCCAGUUACAAUGGAAGUGGUAUCUUUCUCCAAGACCCGAUUGUCCAAAGACACUUGGGGAGUUGAGGGAAAAUCUAAAACAAAGUUUCUCAAUUUCUUAACAGCCCGCAUCCAGCCACUUAACCCUGAAAUCAUCUCAAGACAAUUAGAUAUGGAUGAAGUUCUUGGCCAACGCAGGGAGGUUGCAAUGUCACAGAGCCUUUUCAGUGCGGUGUUAUCGCUUUUGGUUGGAAUGAUUAUCUGGGAAGCUGAAGACCCUUGCAUGCCCCUUGUGGUGGCCCUCUUCACGGUUGUUGGCAUGUCCUUGAAGAGUGUAGUCGAGCUUUUCUCCACCAUAAAGAUCAAACCUGCUUCUGAUGCAGUUGCUCUCUUAAGCUUCAAUUGGUUCGUACUUGGCAUGCUUACCUACCCGGCACUGCCAAGAGUUGCCAGAAUGUUGGCUCCAAUGUCUUUACGGGUUGUGGACAAACUUGUUAGCUCGCUUUGAUCCUUCCUUUCUCUAGUUUAGGACUUGCUUGGCUCUUUACGUAUUAUGUAAAUAUAUCAUAGACCAUGGAACAUGGUGUUUGUACGGAAGUGGUGGUUUAGACUUGGUUUGGAUAGUGAGUUGAGAUAAAAGUUGCAUAAACUAUUGUUAAAAUAUUAUUUUUAUUUUAAAAUUUAAAAAAGUUAGAAUUGUUUAUUGUA